GCCAAGAGUGGGAAGCAAUUCAAUACAUCUUGUGUGCUGAAGAAACAAAAAGUGUCGACGGUAUACGGCGACGGUAUGUACAGAACGAAUUUCAACAAAGAGCGCUGUCCAUGAUAGGGUGAGCGUCAACCACUAACAGUGUUUAUGAUACCCUAAUAAUGAAGUUAGUUCCUGAUGCUAAUCUGUUAUGAGCUGCGCUUCUGUCACAUCAUUUUCUCUCUGCAGUCCUCUCAACGACAAAGAGAGCUUUCUAGCGAGCAUACUUACAGAUACACCGUUGAUAAUUUUCAACCGACUAACAUGCUUAGCCAUAAACUGCACAAGCGGAAAGGUGACGGACUUUGUGGAGAGGGACGCCCGGUACGCCCUGUUUUCACAGCGCUAGUUCUCACCAAUCGCGGACGAUUGUUGGCCAGAUGGUGACAAAUUCGACAUGGACUAACAGGCUUUCUCUCUAUAUCAACAGUAUCGAUGUCCUGAGAGUAAAGGUCUGCCAAAAUGAUGUAACUGCCAUAAGAUCGACAACACAAGUGAGUUGAAUUUUAUAUUCGAAUACCCAUACCUUAUGUUAGCGCUAGAAGAGCAGGCUGGGGAUUCACCGGUGUUUUAUUAAACAGUACAGCAACUCGGAGCUGUUACAAGAGGGCCGAAUGUGAUUGUUUUUCGUGAUCCAGUAUUGGCCUUAUAAGGAUUUUACAUAAGGCAUACUAAGCAAUGCUGUCCAAGAGGGCAAUCUUUUUGGCUCGGGUAGGUGUGCGAUACGCGUCUGUCUCGGAAAUCAGUGUUAAAGAUAUUGUGGACAGGCGAAUUGUUGGUAUGGUACCUAAAAGGUUCAAUUUCGCACGUGAUGUCAUCGAUCACUGGGCAGAAAAGGAACAGAAAAACGAGCGGCCUAGCUCACAUCCGGCGUUGAAAGUGAUCGGUUUCAGUAGCAGAACUGAACGGAACAUAAACUACACUGAACUGUCCCAGCUUUCCAAGGCAUUGGCUGGCGGGUUCCUCUACGAACUGGGUCUUACUCGCGACGACCGCAUCCUUUUGUGCCUUCCCCGUUGCGCCGAUUUCUGGAUCGUUACGAUCGUUGCGCUUCGGACUGGCAUUGAGUUUACAUCUGUCACGCCCCAAGCGCUCAGUCGCGAUCUGCGUUACCGCAUUCAGCAGUUUCGACCAACGGUGAUUAUAACCGACAAGAUCGAAGAGGUUACCGAGGCCGAAUACCCUAACUGGCCGGUCAAACAUAAAAUCUGCGUGAAUAAAAAAGCUGCCAAUUGGAGACUUCUGGAUACCCUUUAUGGAAAUAGUCUUUUCGAGGCAACGGACACCCAGGCUAGUGAUCAUGCACUUGUGUAUUUCACAUCAGGAACCACAGGCUUCCCGAAGAUGGUUCAGCAUAAUCAGGCUUACACCUUAGGACAUAUGAGUGGGCUGACGAAUUUGCUGCUAGACAUGACAACAACCGAUGAUUUCCUCUGUACAGCUGAUACAGGUUGGGCUAAAACGGCAUUUGGAACUUAUCCAAUUUUCAUAGCCGGUUCUUCGAUUGUCAUUGACUUGGUCAACCGUUUCGAUGCUAAUCGCUUGGUCAACCUUAUUCAAAGUCAUCGGAUAACACACAUUAGUUCAGCACCAACCGUGUACAGGAUGAUGUUGGCUUUGCGUAAAAGCUUUAGCUUUCCGUCGUUACGUGGUUCUUAUAGCGGAGGCGAACCUCUGAGUGCCGAGACCUUUAAUAAAUGGAAAGCGAAUACUGGAAUUGAGAUCCGUGAAGCGUUCGCCCAAUCCGAGACGUUGAUGGUUUGUACGAGCAACCCGAGCUUUCCGGCUAAGCCUGGCUCAAUGGGAAAAGCAGUACCUGAGUUCGAAGUCGCGGUUAUUGACGACAAUCUUCAGCCUGUCAAAACGAAUGAGGUCGGUCACAUGGCUAUCAAAAUUAGGCCACACUAUCCGCCUGGUCUUUUCGUUGGCUAUAAGGAUAAUCCAAAAAAAACUAUGGAGGUUUUCCAGGGAGACUAUUAUUUGACAGGUGACAAGGUACGCUGUGACGAAGAUGGCUAUUUCUGGUUUGAGACGCGGGCGGAUGACGUAAUUAAUUCAGCUGGUUACCGAAUUGGACCCGUAGAAAUAGAAUCGGUUCUGCACGAGCACAAAGAUGUAGCCGAGUCGGCCAUUGUAGGAUCACCUGACCAUGAACGUGUUCAGGUGGUUAAAGCAUACGUGGUGCUGAAGGACGAGAAGAAGGCAAGCGAGGCACUCAAGAAGGAACUUCAAGAUUUCGUAAAAAAACGAACUGCCCCGUACAAGUAUCCGAGGGAAAUUGAAUUUCGGAAGUCGCUGCCAAAGACCACCAGUGGCAAAGUGCAGCGCCAUAUUCUUAGAGAGGAGGCAAAAGCAGGAAAAAAAAUUAAUAUUGGUACACCAUUAUUAUAAUUGGUGCUGUUUUUAAAAUAAGAUUAGAUCAACAAAACAUUUUAUUACGUAUGGAAGGUUUGAGAAAAAAUGUAGGAGAACUUGAGACGCGAAAUUGAAAUAUAUUAACAAAUAGAGAGUACAGAUGCGAUUCGAGAUCUGGCGCUAAAACAGUUUUUUGUGUUCUGUAUAAAACCAUGUUGACUGCUUAAUAAAAAUCCUCCCGUAUUACGGUUGUCAGCUUCA